AUGAUUUCUCUCUGUGAUACUACAAAGAUGUCUGAUGAUAUCGAUUGGUUACAUAGCCGCAGGGGCGUUUGCAAGGUAGAUCUUUACAGCCCAAAAGGACAACAAGAUCAGGAACGAAAAGUGAUAUGCUUCGUGGAUGUGUCCACCUUGAAUGUGGAAGAUAAAGACUCCAAGGGUGCUGCUGGUUCCAGGUCAGAAGGUGACUUAAAUUUAGAAAACCUGGAGGAAAAAGAAAUUAUUGUGAUCAAGGAUACUGACAAACAAGAUCGAUCUAAGACGGAGGGUUCAGUAUGCCUAUUCAAACAAGCUCCCUCUGAUCCACUCUGUGUCCUGAAUUGGCUUCUCAAUGAUCUCCAGAAGUAUGCCUUGGGUUUUCAACAUGCUCUAAGUCCCUCAGCCUCUAGCUGUAAACAUAAAAUAGGAGACACAGAAGGAGAAUAUUCUCAUAUAAACCCUGAGAACUGCUACAGUGUAUAUGCUGAUCAACUGAAUAUGGAUUAUAUAGGCAAUGGACCUCAAAACCUACGUCUAGAAAUGACAGCAGCCAAAAACACGAAUAAUAACCAAAGUCCCUCUAAUCCUGCAAAUAAAUCUCCUAGCAGCCAGAGGACAGGUAAUGCCUCUGAAGGGGAAUGCUCUAUGGAUGACCUUUCCUUUUAUGUCAACCGGUUGUCUUCUCUGGUGAUCCAGAUGGCCCGUAAAGAAAUCAAGGACAAAUUAGAAGGUGGGAAUAAAUGCCUUCAUCAUUCAGUAUUUCCACCCCCUGGAGAUAAAGGGAAAAUCAGUCCUAGAAGUGCUGUUAGCAAGAUUGCUUCUGAAAUGGCCCACGAGGCUGUAGAAUUGACAUCCGCAGAAAUGCGUGGACCUGGAGAGGAGGGACGGGAUUGUGGCCGUAAAACCUUUCUGUACAGCGAAUUAUCCAACAAGAAUAAAGGUGGAGAAAAGCAGAUGUGCCCGAGAGAUAGUAAAGAAUUUGCAGAUUCCAUCAGUAAAGGGCUUAUGGUUUAUGCAAAUCAAGUGGCAUCAGACAUGAUGGUCUCUGUUAUGAAAACUCUGAAGGUACACAGCUGUGGAAAACCAAUUCCAGCUUGUGUAGUCCUAAAGAGGGUAUUGUUAAAGCACACCAAGGACAUUGUGUCUGAUCUGAUUGAUUCUUGCAUGAAGAACCUGCAUAACAUAACUGGUGUCCUCAUGACUGAUUCAGACUUUGUUUCUGCUGUCAAGAGGAAUCUUUUCAAUCAUGGCAAACAGAAUGCUGCUGAUAUCAUGGAAGCAAUGCUGAAGCGUCUCGUCAGCGCCCUGCUUGGUGAGAAAAAAGAGACAAAAUCUCAGAGUCUGGCAUAUGCAACUUUAAAAGCUGGGACAAAUGAUCCAAAGUGCAAGAAUCAGAGCCUUGAAUUCUCAGCUAUGAAAGCUGAGAUGAAAGGGAAAGAUAAAUGUAGAACAAAACCAGACCCAUGCAAGUCGUUGACCAGUGCUGAGAGAGUCAGCGAACAUAUCCUCAAGGAAAGCCUGAAUAUGUGGAAUCAGAAACAAGGAUGCCCCAUCAAGAUGCCUCCCAAAAUAUGCCCUAGUAAAGAAGACAAAAGAGAGAAGAUCAGCCCUUCCACGGACUCACUGGCUAAAGACCUGAUUGUAUCUGCCCUUAUGCUGAUUCAGUACCAUCUGACCCAUCAGGCUAAGGGAAAAGAUCCAUGUGAGGAAGAUUGCCCUAGCUCCUCAUACAUGGCCCAGAGUGCCCAGUAUGAAAAGUGUGGAGGUAACCAAAGUGCAAAAGCACUCUCAAUGAAACAUCUUGAAACUCGUGGCAAUUGUGGACCAUCUACAUCUGCAAAAGAGAAUCAACAGUUAGAUUCGCAGAAGAUGGACAUGUCAAACAUCGUUCUGUCACUGAUUCAGAAACUUCUUAACGAGAACACCUUUAACUGUGAUGAACUAUGUGAAGGUGAGAGUAAGCGUUGUGAACCCAAACCAAGCAAAGCUUGUACCUCCAAGAAACCAGAGAAAGAGGAAUGCCCGGACAAUCUCGAUAUAGAUUUCGCCAGUGGGAUGAAACAAAUGAACCGCCAAUUUAUAGAUCAACUGGUAGAAUCAGUGAUGAAACUUUGCCUGAUCAUGGCUAAGUAUAGCAACAAUGGGGCUCUCGCUGAGCUAGAAGAACAAGCCUGUAGUUCCAGAUGUCAAGAAGGUGGGGUGUCACAGAACUGUCAAAAUGCUUGUGGGCCAGAAGUCAUCGUCAAUAAUCAGUGUUCAACAAGCAACUUGCAGAAACAACUCCAAGCUGUACUGCAAUGGAUUGCAGCUUCCCAGUUUAAUGUGCCCAUGCUCUACUUCAUGGGAGAUGAAGAUGGACAACUGGAGAAGCUGCCUGAAGUUUCAGCCAAAGCUGCAGAGAAAGGUUAUAGUGUAGGAGAUCUUCUUCAAGAGGUCAUGAAAUUUGCUAAGGAACGCCAACUAGAUGAAGCCGUGGGCAACAUGGCUAGAAAACAACUCCUAGAUUGGCUGCUGGCCAACCUGUAA